GCAAAACUCGUUUACAGGGAGACAGUCAGAGGAAGAGGAGCAGUGUCCACUUUGAUGUUUUUCCCUUUUAGGAAAUGGUCCAGUGAGAGCAGAUGACGCCAGCUAUGAGUCAAAGUAAUCCCUGCCUAUGGACUCAGCUACCUCAGAGCAGCCGGUCCCCACAUGACCGCUACAAGCACGCCUGCUGCAGCUAUGACGGAUAUGUCUAUAUCCUGGGAGGAAGACACAACAGCUGUCUGAGGGACUUCUGGAGGUACAGCGUGGUGUGUAACGAGUGGACAGAGUUGAAUGGCACCGGUGAAGCUGCACCAGAAGAACUAGAGGAACAUUCUAUGGUGGCUCAUGAGGGCUUCCUGUAUGUGUUUGGAGGCAUGCUGGAUUCUGCAUACAGCAAGUGGAGGCGUUCCCUCUGGGUGUUUGACAUUGCAAAGCAGAAGUGGGUGCACUGGCAGGGAAAGACAGGCUCCCCUCAGACCCAAAUGCCAACCAACAGGAAAGGACACAGUGCUGUGGUGCUCGGCUCUGCCAUGCUGGUGUACGGAGGGUUCGUGGACAUGAAAGGAUCCUCGCACGAGUUUUGGAGUUUGGAUUUUGAUACAAUGGCUUGGUCCCUGCUGAAUGGAUCUCAGCAGGGCUCAUUAGGCCCAGGCCCCAGACACAGUCACUCAGCCGUGGCCUACCAGAGCUGCAUGUACCUGUUUGGGGGCCUGAAAGGUUUGCGGGAGCAGAGAGACUUCUGGAAGUGGAAUUCCAGCAGCCACAUGUGGACUUCCCUCAAAAAGUCUGGACCCUCCAGACUGAUGGGCCACUCAGCUGUGGCCUACAAGGACAGCAUGCUUCUUUUUGGGGGAGGUGAGAGCCAGAACUCUCCAAAGAACUGCCUGUGGAGGUACAGCUUCACCACUCAGACCUGGAGCCAGGUCGCCACACUCCCGGGCUCGAACGCCCCGGACAAGAUUCACCACUGCUGCGCCGGGCUGGGUCCCAGCUACCAGUCCGACACCAGCAGCCCCUGCUCCAGCGCAGGACUCCAGCCCAGGCUGCUGGAUGGCAGAGUGAGGCCCUUCAAGAACAAGUGCUUCCCUGCCCCACUCACUUUUCUGGGAUCAGAGGGAGCUAUAGAGCUGGAGACGUUCGGCCCAGACAGGCGCUACGGAGGCAAAAGAACACUCACACAAUCAUCAGAGCGGGAGGGCCUGAUGGGGAGAGAUACACAGCGGAUUGAAAACUGCUUGACCUUUGAAAACAAGGCGUUCAGGAGACAGUGCACAGAUGACGACCUGCUCAGCGGGGAGGAUGAAGAUAUGACCCUUCAUCUGCCUGAUCUGCUGCUGGUGCUGGGGGGGAGACCUUGCACCAGGCACAGUCCGAUCUCCAUGUGGCAAAUGACUCUGACUGACUCGUAACAGCCAACGGAGAGCAAACUUUACAUUUUCUCUCUGUGAGAUGUAUAAAAAACACAGUGUUAUAUCAUCACUUCACUUUUGUUAAUUGUAUAUGUUAGUUUACUCACAUUUUGUGAACAAGAAAAUAACCUGAAAUAUUUUUAUAAUACUUUUACUUUUCUUAUGAUGUUGUGAAGUUUUAUGUUAGAAAUAAAAUGGCAUUAAGAAAAACUAUAGACUUAUUACAGUUGUUAACAAUUAUCUAAGAAGUUGACGUGGCACGCACUUGAUCAUAUAAACACGAGUUCAAACCCUGGAUCUCCUACAGCACCUGGUCCCUUACAGAAUAUUCCUGUAUUAACUGCUGCUGUGACAGUUUGGUGUUAAUAUGCACUGAAGGUCUGUGACAUAUUUCUGCCCCACAAGCUGCAAAAUCUGGUUCAGACAUUUGUUGCACAGUCGCUCUGUGUACUACAUACUGACAACAUGGAGAUAAUUUGAAUGCCUGUAAUAUAAGAUAAAUUACACACGAUGGCGCCAGAGCUCAACGUUCAGGUGUCUUUGUGUCUAACCUGUAACUGCAGCAGGAAGCUCAGUUAUUGGCCUGCUGAAGGGGAUAUAUGAGCUUGUGGAAGGCCAAGUGAGACGUGCAAGCCCACCACGAGAAACCAGACCACAUGCAGAAUAUAAUUAAGAAAUCUGAUUUACUGUGAACGGGGAAUAACUAAUGUGAGCACAGGCAUUUGUGUGAUUUACCAAAAUAUGCAAUUCAAAAAUGAUUCUUAGCUCCUUCAUAAACCAUCCAGCUGCCAGAAAUACUCACUCUACACCAGAUGUGUAUUAGUCCACAUCUGAAAAUAGUCCCUAUCAAACACAGUAUGUCCUCCUGUGUGAGUAACGUCGGCUACAAACUAUAGUCCUCAGCUGUUUCAGGAAGCGACUGAACCUUUUAAAAAGACUUUGUUUCAGAGAUCGGCAGUAAGACGCGUUGGGAGACAGACAUCGGGGACAUCGUUGGAUCUGGUCUUUUCACUUGUUGACAAAAAUAAUGACAUAAAAAUUUGCCGUAUCAUUUAAAGUUGAUACAUGAGACACAUCUUAUUCCAAACUGUCAUCAUCUGUCUGCUGCCAUCAGCUCCUCCAGCUCUUCAUUUGAACAACACGAUAUUCAAUAAAAUGUCCAAACCCAACACUUCUUUUUUAUUUAUUCAUUAUUUUUAUGGCUGCACCUCUUUGCCAAAUGGAAAUACUCUACAUGUCUCAUGAAUAUUUUUAGACUCAUUUCCCCAAAGUCAGCCAGACAUAUUUGGGAUAUUUGUAAAGUUUUGGGUUUCAGCUAGAAUUUAAAAUACAUUUCUGUGGGUUUAAACAAUGUUUGACUGCAGAGCACAAAGCUGCUUGUUCAGUGGAUAAAGUCUCCUUAAAUAUUUGCAGUUUGUGACUAAAAUCC